CGUGUUUCACAGACUGUCCGCUCACAGCAGUCUGAAUGUGUUUCCGCGGCUGGCGUCAGCUCCAACUCGCAGCGUUGCUCUUUCACUGCUCACAGCAAGAGAACAUAUUUGGGGAUCUCUAUUGCCAACUACUACAUUUCUCAUCAACGCUGAAAGUUACAGCUUUUUUUUUUUUUUACCGAUACCAUUACCUAUUUUGGGGAUAAUUAUUUAGGGAUUUUUUUUUGUUUUGUCGAUCUGUGAAGUUAGUUUCAGUUUUCGAUUUUCUCCGCGAUUGGGAUAUUAAAGACCAGAAGACUAAUCUAACAACCAAGUCGUUCAUCAUGGGACAGAAGUCAGUCAGUACGAGGGGAGAGACAGAGACAUGCUGGUAGUCUGUGGUGGAGUCAAGAGCACAACAAAAGCUACAUCUCCUUUUUUUUGUCUAUUCUGGCAACUUCUAGUCUUCUAGUUAUAUAAUAGUGAACUUUUUACCCAUCAAUCGCCAUGGCCUCUAGCCUGACCUGUGCCGGUGUAAUCUGGACCCUCCUCUCCCUGCUCUGCGCUGCGGCCUCCUGUGUCGGCUUCUUCAUGCCUUACUGGCUGCUCGGUUCCCAGAUGGACAAGCCGGUCUCGUUCGGCACCUUCCGGCGGUGCUCGUACCCGGUGCGCGACGAGGAGAGCCAGGCCACAGUGAUACUGGAGCAGUGUGGCCGUUAUGCUUCCUUCCAGGGGAUACCUAGUCUGGAGUGGAGGAUCUGUACGGUGGUGACGGGCGUGGGCUGUGGUCUGCUGCUCCUGGUGGCCCUCACAGCCCUCAUGGGAUGUUGCAUCUCUGACCUCAUCUCCAGGACCAUAGGACGCGUGGCUGGAGGGAUACAGUUUGUUGGAGCCAGUGGGGAUCCAGACCCAGCCAGACCCAGACCCAGAACCAGAACCAGACCCAGCCACUGGGGAGCCAGACCCAGCCAGACCCAGAACCAGACCCAGAACCAGACCCAGCCACUGGGGAGCCAGACCCAGCCAGACCCAGAACCAGACCCAGCCAGACCCAGCCACUGGGGAGCCAGACCCAGCCAGACCCAGAACCAGACCCAGAACCAGACCCAGCCAGACCCAGCCAGACCCAGCCAGACCCAGAACCAGACCCAGCCAGACCCAGCCACUGGGAGGCCAGACCCAGCCACUGGGGAGCCAGACCCAGCCACUGGGGAGCCAGACCAGGCUGUUAAUUAAAUGUUUGUUUCUCGUCUACCAGCGUCAAACCUUACAGAAAUAGAUAAUAAACUAAAGUGAAAUGUGACAAAAUGUACAAAUUAACAGUAAAUAUUACACUCACAAAAGUUCCAAAAGAAUAAAGACAUUUCAAAUGUCAUAUUAUGUGCAAAUAGUUCAAGUACACAAGGGAAAAUAAAUACAUCUUAAUAUGGGUUGUAUUUACA